AUGAUGCUGAUAUUUUUUCUGACAAUCUCGAUUCUCGGUAGACAGGUAUUUUCCGAACUGCUGGACGAGGGAUGCCGGCCAAGACAGGUGUUUAUGAUUCUAAAUGGUUCAAAUUCUGACCGUGUUCCAUAUAUGGCUUUUAUAACGCGCAAUGAAGAGCACCACUGUGGCGGCUCCCUUAUUUCAAAUCGCUUUGUUCUUACCGCUAAACAUUGUUUCGUCCACAAUGCCGACUUCGCUGUGAAGUUGGGAGUCCACGAUACACGGGACCCACAAUUGGAACAAUCAUUUGAAAUAGAAGAAUUUAUUCCUCAUAAUGACCGUCAUAUUGACCUGAUGCUCCUAAAAUUGAAUCGUGAAGUGAUAUACGGGGCUCAUAUCAAACCGGUUUGUAUUAUUUUGGGAGCUGAACAGUCGUUACUCACCAAUAGUAACAGCUUUACUAUAACUGGCUGGGGACGGAUUUCCAAUGAGGACUAUGAAAAACGACCAUGGAUACUUCAAGAAGCACAAUUAACGCGUUUGCAUUGGGAUAAUUGUGGUCGACCAUAUGGAUUUAUUUGUGCCCAGGGCUACAAUCAGUUUGCCUGUCAGGGUGACUCAGGAGGUCCUUUAACAGUUGAUUUUAAACAUAAAUAUCAAACUGUCACUGCCCAAGUCGGAGUACUCCAUGGAGGUCUGACUGAUAGGUGUCAAUCCUUCAGCCAGUAUGCGAAUGUCGUGCAAUUUACUGAUUGGAUCGUUGAGGUGAAAGAAUUCAUAGUCACUCAAGAUCAGUUUUGUUUCACGCUCUCAAUCAAGAUGACAUCCGCGCUUCCACGGUUAAUACUACUGGUAAUCCUGCACUUUGGAAAACUGGAAGCUGCCCGCUUUUUGGAUGAGAAAUGUCAUCCAGGUUGUUCUGUGGAUUCCAUCGAGAUGGCAUUACCAAACGUUAUUCUGGCCAUUAUAAGUUUCCUACUUCUCGGAUUUGGAUCUGCACAAUUGCUGGACGAUCGAUGUCAAAGGUCAUACAGAUCAAGAGUUAUCGGUGGUAAAAAUUCAGAGCGGGCUCCAUGGAUGGCUUACUUGCUGCGCAAUGGAAAUUUCGCUUGUGGAGGUUCACUGAUUGCAUACCGUUUUGUACUGACCGCUGCUCAUUGUACCCAAGUGAACGAUAAUUUAUAUGUCCGAUUGGGUGAACUGGAUUCAGCUACGAAUAGGGAUGGUCGAACUGAGGAAUUUCGUGUAAUACAAAUCUUCAGGCACGAAAAUUACGUUACUCAUAUGUCAUAUGACAUAGCGAUCCUCAAACUCGACCGAACUGUGAUCUACAGAGCAAAUGUUAGGCCAAUAUGUAUUCUGUUGGACAUGAAACUAAGGUCAAAGAUUAACUCUGUUCCAGAGUUUACCCUAACUGGGUGGGGUCAGAGUGCACACUAUUAUCAGAUGCCGACGCGGCUUCAGAGGCUGAAUGUAAGGCGGAUCAACGAGUAUUGGUGUAAUGGUAAUCCAGAGCGAUUUUGCUGCCGAAAUCCUACUAAGUUCGUUUGCUUUGGCGACUCGGGAAGUCCUUUGGGAGCAUUGGUCUCUUACAAAAAGAGAACCAUAUUUGCCCAAUUUGGAUUAGCCACUUCGGUUACAGGUAAUUGCGAUGGUUAUAGCAUAUUUACGGAUGUCUAUCAUUAUACCCCCUGGAUCGUAGCCACUUUGCAACGCAAUUGGUAUUAG